AAGGGAUUUCUCAUGGUUAAAUGGAAUCAAAAGCAGCCACCUCAGUGGUCAUUAAUGAAUGACAUUUACCGCUUCACUAGUUACCAACCACGACAGCAUCAAACUCUAUCAUCAACUCUUUACUACUACUGCUAGAGCUCCGGGUCCAGCAGCAGCAGCAUCGGCAUCAUUUUGGUUUUGCAGUUGAACUAGUGCAGCUACGGUGGUAUCUCUUGUUCCAAAACCGAGACCUUCUCUUCUCUUAAUUUGGAUGGGAAUGCAGCUCUCGAUGGUGAUGGAUCCUGAAAUUUGAUUUUGGAGUGUCCUGAAGGAAUUCAUUUGUUACUCCUAAUAUUUGAUUUUGGAAAAUGGCAGAUGAGGGGCGACAUUCUGUUGAUAUUCCCAUCACAAGAACCCUUAUAGCCCUUAGGAGAGUGAGGUCACUAAGGGAUCCCUCAACCAAUUCUAUGAGCAAAUUCUCUGCCUUAUUGGAAAAUGCCAACCGGGAAACGAAUUCCACCAAAGAUAUAUCUUCACAGUCUACCAAUGGUUCCAAAGAAGGUGGAUCAAACCAUAAUCGUGUUUCGGGAUGGGAAAAUUUAGGUCUUGAUGGACGGAGUAAGCAACAAGUUGAUAAUUUUGAUUCCGGAAGUGAUUUUGAGAAAUCCAAGUUAAUUUUCGGUGACAGUUUGGGUGGAGUGAAAAAUAUGGAUGCUCUUUUUAGGACCAAAGAAGUGGAAGGAUUGGAUAGUUGUAAGGAAGAGAUUAAUGGAACCAUGUCGUUGAGUGAAGUGUAUUAUGGCAGUCACAGGAACAAAGAGCUGGACUUGGUAUGCAUCACACCUUCGAGUAAUCAUUUUGAGGAUGUUGAUUCAACUAAUGGACCCAUUGCGGGAUCUCCACUAGGAGAAAGUACAGACCAGUCUGUGACAAGACGAAAAUCUCAAUACAAAAAUCAAGUCCAGUCAUAUGGUGGGGUGGGUGACAUUUUGAGUCGCGUAGGUGGUCCAUGCUUUUCUGUCAGUGAUGCCCUGUCAAGCCAAGGCACAUCAUUGUUUGCAAACAAAGAGGCUGAUUUCAUGGUUCCAAAAGACCACGGAUGUGGGAUAAGCUGCUGCUGGACAAGAACCCCAAGACUCAGAGAUUCAAACCCAUAUUCUGAUUCUGAAGGCAAUCCAUUGUUGACCAGGGAUGUAGUUGAGACAAGCCUUUGUCGGAAGAGGAGCUGGAAGCAUGCUACAAAUGAAACUCCUAGGAGUUUGAGUCAGAAAUUUAGGCCAAAAUCUUUUGACGAACUGGUGGGACAAGGUGUAGUGGUAAGGUCUCUUUUGGGUGCCAUUUCUAGAGGAAGGAUAACCUCUUCAUAUCUCUUCCAUGGUCCUCGUGGCACUGGCAAGACCUCUGCCUCUAAGAUAUUUGCUGCUGCCCUGAAUUGCCUCUCACAUGAGGAGUACAAGCCAUGCGGUCUCUGCCGAGAAUGUUAUGUGUUCUUUUCUGGAAGGAGCCAGGAUGUGAAAGAAGUGGACUCUGUGAGAAUUAAUCAGACCAAAAGGAUUAGAUCUCUUAUUAAGGAUGCAUCAAUGCCACCAAUUUCAUCACGUUUCAAGGUUUUCAUUGUUGACGAGUGUCAUUUGUUGCAUGGAGAGACAUGGGCAAUUGUUUUGAAUAGCCUAGAGAACCUUUCUGAAAAUGUUGUCUUUGUAAUGAUCACUUCUGAACUGGAUAUGCUACCGAGAAGUGCAGUCACACGGUCUCAAAAGUAUCAUUUUCCCAAGAUAAAAGAAGCUGAUAUAGCUGGCAGAUUGAGGAAUAUCUGUGUUGAAGAAGCCCUUGACUUUGAUCAUGUUGCCUUGGACUUCAUUGCGGCCAAGUCAAGUGGUUCCCUUAGGGAUGCAGAAAUUAUGCUUGAUCAAUUGAGUUUGCUCGGUAAAAGAAUCACAAUGACCAUGGUCCAUGAGCUUAUUGGAGUUGUUUCUGAUGAUGAAUUGCUUGGCUUGCUGGAUCUGGCUUUGUCAUCUGACACUUCAAGCACUGUUAUAAGAGCCAGGGAGUUGAUGCGGUCCAGGAUUGAUCCUAUGCAACUUGUAUCUCAGCUGGCAAAUCUCAUAAUGGAUGUUCUUGCUGGUAAAUGCAAGGAUGAUAGUUCUGAAGUCAGAAGAAAGUUUUCAAGGAAGCAUUCUUCUGAAGGGGACAUGCAGAGACUGAGUCAUGCCCUGAAAAUACUUUCUGAAAGUGAGAAGCAACUGAGAAUGUCAAGAAACCAAAGUACAUGGCUUACGGCAGCUCUCCUGCAGUUGAGCUCACUGGAAGCCUCGGCUGUGGAUGUGAAUGAUUCAAAGUCUUCAAUCAGAAAUGGGCAUGACAGAGAUGGAGGCUUUUCCAGCACACCGUCCACCGGGGAGGGCUUGAAGCAUCUUGCCCCGUAUUCAUGUGAAGACAGUAAGUUGCAAAAAUCACAAGUACAAGGGGGUUGCCAAGUGACAUUAGAUACUAUAUGGAAGAGAACUAGUGAAUUAUGCCAAUCAAAUUCACUCAGGAAUUUCCUAAGGAAACAAGGGAAACUAUCUUCUCUUCAUAUUAAUAGAGGUCUGGCAGUAGCUGAAUUGGAAUUCCAUCAUUCUGAAUAUGCAUCCAAGGCUGAAAAGUCAUGGAAGCUUAUUGCAAGUUUGCUGCAAACAAUUUUGGGUUGUAAUGUUGAAAUUCGGAUCAAUCUUGUACUUUGUGCUCCUCCUGCAUCGAAAUGUGCCAAACUAUGGAAGCAAUCUUUUUGUAUUUUUGGUUGUUCUCGGAGAAUGAGGCACAAAUCACAACCACCCAUUGAAUGUGGCAUUGACUCCGACUACUCUGAUCACAUCUCUGAAAGGCCUAUGAUAAGAGAGAGAGCUAUUUCAGCCUGUCCCUCUGAUUCUCGAUCCCAGAUACCACACAACUGUUAUCACAGAGCGGAAGUAGUGAGGGCUCUAAGAAACAGUGAAGGGAAUGUGCUGAGCAUAGGGACAACCUCAUCUCUCAGAUCACUUCAUGAUGAUACAUCUAAAACCCCUGGGUAUGGAUUUUCUUCUUCAAAGGAUGGGGGAAACGACCUUGACUAUGCAGUUUUCUCUAGUCAAGAGGCUGAGGAUCAGCCGAACUGCUUUCCUAAAAGUCUCAGACUGCAAAAGAUGAUACGUUCUUCAGAGGAUACUCAAGUGGUUUGUAUAGGUAAUCAUCAAGAAAACCAGAUGGAGAAGAAACCUAUUGAAACAUGCACUAAAGCCAAUGAUUCAUAUGUUUUGAGUGGCAACGACUGCAACUCCACCACUGAGAAUGGGCUAAGGGAGGAUUCUGUUGCUCUUUGCUGGAGAACUCCCACGUUCCCGGCAAACAAGGCAUGGGAGCUGGCCCCUCAGCAACGAAGAUCACCUCUGGUUCGGUGGGCUCUUCCCUGCGCCCCUGCUAAGUAGAUCUGCUGCGUAAGGAAGAUUAAAGAACUUUUGUGUGGGCUGCAGAGGAGCUUCAAAUAUUACAAUGCACAUUUUUUAAUGCAUAUAUAUACAUAUAAACAGAAUUCUGGGCAUAUCAGUGUAUGGAUAUCGUAGCUCUUUCAAAUUGAAGUAGUUUCAGUAUGUAGUUAGUUCAAAUCAUGGUUGCACGGAUGAUAUUAACAAUCAAUGUGAUUCUUUUCAUCCCUUAAUUAUGUAAUUACCAUAUUAUUUUGUUUAAAAAUUUAGCAAAAGCUCUUACUUAGCAU